AGAGCCACCGACGAGAAGCGAAGAGAAGGAUGAUGAGAAGGAGGGGGAAAGGGAAGAGACUGAAGAAGAGAAAGCUGCGAAACAGGAAGCCCUACAGCGCGCCCGGAGCCUGAAAGAGGACGGGAAUAAAUAUUUUGCUGCAUAUGAUUAUGACAACGCGGUCGCCAUGUACACGGAAGCGAUCGAGACCGCGCCGGAAGGGGAGAAGGAGAAAGCUGUAUUCUACAACAACAGAGCUACAUGUUACUUCAAGAUGGGCAAACAUGACGAGGUAAUCAAGGACUGUACCUCGGCGCUCAAGAUCGACCCCGAUUACACCAAAUGUUUGUUACGGAGGGCUCAGUCGUACGAGACGGAGAAGAAAGUGUGUGAAGCUUUUGACGACUAUCAGAAGAUACUGAAGCUAGAUCCCUCCAACCAACUUGCGCUCUCGGGAAGCGCGAGGCUCGAGAAGCCUGCGAACGAGGAGCGUGAGCGGCAGAAGGAGGAGAUGCUGGGGAAGCUCAAGGACUUGGGGAAUACGGUCCUUGGGAAGUUUGGUCUGAGUCUGGACAACUUUAAGGCGACGAAGAAUGCGGAGGGAGGGUACUCGAUCAGUUUCCAACAGUGAAGUC